CUCUCCUCCCACCACCAACGUCCCCGCUCCUCGUAAACGCGCGCCCGCUACCCACCCACGCCACGUCACCACGGUCCUCUGUGGCCACCACCGCCCACAAACAUCGUCGACCGCCAACAACAACCACGUCAACAACAACGCGGCAACGCCACGUCAGCAAGCAAACGAGCCCCGGCGAGGUCGAGGCGACGAAAACGGACCGCGAGGGACGACCACGUCAACACACGACCACCAUGACCACGGCCCACGGAACACGACACGCCCCACGACGUCAACGGACGGCCACGUCAACAGACGCCAAUGCCAACAACGACACGAACACGCCAACGGACGCCUACGUCAACAGACCACCACCACGUCAACGGACGACGACCAUGCCAGCGGACGCCCACGUCAACGCACCACCACCACGUCAACGGACGACGACCACGCCAACGGACGCCCACGUCAACGCACGACGACGUGCCCCCGCUGAUGGGAAACCAAGGUGCCACGUCGCUGACAGCGACGUGGCAACCAAACGACGAACGACGAUGUCGUCGUCACACAAAGUAAAAUAG